UCCGGUAAGAUGGGAGCGGCGCAUUGGCCGGACGUUGGUAUUGGUGUGGUGGCCGUGGGCACGAAACCAUCUAAAUCGUCCGGCGCUAUCCACAGCUAAUUCCAACCCGGUUGCACUCAACGAUACUUCCUCUAGUUUACUCUACUCUUGGUGGCAUGGCAGCCCUGCGCACUCAGAGGGUGCACAUAUAAAUGCGGAGUGGCCCGUUUCGCCGCGGGCCAACCUGCAAUUGCAGUCUGCGAGUGCUUAAUCGAUCAGGUCCAUAGUCCACUCUGCUCUUCGCGCCGGGCAAAUAAAAAAGAAAGACCGACGAACCGAACCGAAAGAAACACCCCCACACAUCGCUUGAAUAUGACGUCCGACCACCAGGAUUUUGUAACCGUUCCAUCUCCCCUUGUAUCGAAUAACUGGGGAAUUCUCGAGUUGGAAGCGGAAAGUGCUGCACCAGCAACUGCCAGCGAAGCAGAAGACGAUGCCGCAACGAAUCCAGAGGAUGCCUACGACGCCGGUGACGUGAACUCGGGCUACGGUGACAGUUUAGUGAGCUCAACGAAAAGUCUUACGGCUUCGGUCAUUGAUUACGUGUACGAAAACGGCCGUCGGUACCACAGAUUUCAGGCCGGAAAAUACAUGAUGCCCAACGACGAGACCGAACAAGACCGGCUAGACAUCUACCACCACUUCCAAUUCCUUUCACUACGGGGGCUGCUAUACACCGCGCCGCUCAAGGGCAACCCGCACAACAUCCUCGACUGCGGCACCGGCACCGGAAUCUGGGCGCUAGACAUGGGCGAGAUGUUCCCGUGCGCGCAGGUCAUCGGCGUGGAUCUGAGCCCUAUACAGCCAACAUGGGUAUUCCCAAAUGUCAAAUUCGAAGUUGACGAUCUAGAGCUGGAGUGGACGUUCAAAGAAGACUACUUCGACCUAAUCCACUCUCGCAACAUCGCGCAGUCGAUCCGGAACUGGCCCUGCUACCUGCGGCAGAUGUUCCGCAGCACGCGUCCGGGGGGCUACGUCGAGCUGGCGGAGACCGAGGCGCAGCUGCACUGCGACGACGGCACCUACGCCGGCUCAAACCUCGAGCGCUAUAUGAACAACUUUUGGAAGGCCGGGACUAAGGCGGGACUGCUGGCACCCGACGGGAAUGUCCUCAGGCAGUAUGCCGAGGAGGCCGGGUUUGUGGAUGUUGAGAUUCAUUACUAUAAACAACCAUGGGGAGCGUGGCCAAAGAACGCGGAGAUGAAAAAGAUAGGCGAGACUUGUGCUCUGGCGAUUGGGAAAGGCGGGUUUGAGGCUUACGCCAUGGCCCUGUUCACGCGAUACCUAGAUAUGUCCGCCGAGGAUGUUGUGGCGCUGUGUAGACUUGCGCAAGCGGAUGUGGGCGGGAAGAGGGUGCAUACAUAUCAGAUCAUGUGGCACGUUACAGGUAUGAAACCGGAGGACGACUAGAGUCUACCUACCUAGUCUGGACUUGUAUAUUUUUCGCUUUUAGGGAGGUUUCUUACGUUCGUUGUAAUCACUUGUGUUGUACUUAUAUUAUUAUACUACUUACUCUGUCAUGUUACCAGCCGUCCGAAUGGGUCCGAUCAUCGAG